GCCUCUGGAUCUAGGAGGAGACAACAUAGCAGUAAUAAUAAUUGUUCUGAGGAACAUUUUGUUGACUUGACUGCUGCAGGCCAGUUCACAAACUGGAGUGUCAUACCUGUGGGGUUCUGCCCCAUACACACUGAUGAAAGCUCAGCCUUUGGUCAGAAAAAAACUGAUUCUCUUGAGCCGUGUCAGACCCUGGUAAUGGCAGCUGCAGUUGCCACCAAGACAGCUUGGAAGCUGCAGGAGAUCAUAGCUCACAGCAGCAAUGUUUCUUCACUGGUGCUGGGCAAAAAUUCGGGCCGGCUGCUGGCAACCGGUGGAGAUGACUGUCGAGUUAACAUCUGGUCAGUUAACAAGCCCAACUGUAUUAUGAGUUUGACAGGUCACACAACCCCAGUGGAGAGUGUGAAGAUCAAUACAACUGAAGAGCUGAUUGUUGCAGGGUCACAGUCAGGCUCCAUUCGAAUCUGGGACCUGGAAGCUGCCAAAAUUCUUCGUACUUUAAUGGGUCACAAAGCAAACAUCUGCAGCCUAGAUUUCCAUCCUUUUGGAGGCUUUGUAGCUUCAGGCUCUAUGGACACUAACGUUAAGCUUUGGGAUGUUAGGAGAAAAGGCUGUGUCUUUAGGUACAAGGGCCACACACAAGCAGUCAGGUGUCUCCGAUUUAGCCCUGAUGGGAAGUGGCUGGCAUCCUCAUCAGACGAUCACACUGUGAAGCUCUGGGAUCUGGCUGCCGGGAAGAUCAUGUGCGAGUUCACAGAACACGUGGGCCCCGUAAACGCUGUCGAAUUCCAUCCCAAUGAAUACCUUUUGGCCUCUGGUAGCUCUGACAAAACCAUCAGGUUCUGGGACUUGGAAAAAUUCCAGGUGGUGAGCUGCAUCGAAGAAGAGGCCAUUCCUGCCAGGUGUGUGCUGUUUAAUCCUGAUGGCUGUUGCUUGUAUGCCGGUUGCCACGAUUCUCUGCGCGUGUAUGGCUGGGAACCUGAACGCUGCUUUGAUGUGGUCAUGGUGAAUUGGGGCAAGGUGGCUGACUUGUCCAUCUGUAACAACCAACUGAUUGGAGUUUCUUUCAUGCAAAGCACUGUGUCUUCGUUUGUUGUGGACCUUAACAGAGUCUCAAAAUGUGGGUCAGGCCUCCAUGGGCUGGUUAGGGAUGACAAGCCUCUUGUUUCACCUGUGCCCAUGGGCUCCUCUCUGCGACGCAUCUAUGACAGGCCAUCAACAACAUGCAGCAGACCUCAAAGAAUGAAACACAAUUCUGAGAGUGAGAGGCGCAGCCCCAGUAGUGAAGACGAUAGGGAGGAAAAAGAAUCCACUGCAGAGAUCCAGAACCCAGAAGACUACAAGGAGAUCUUCCAGCCAAAGAAUUCCAUCACUCGAACUCCACCCUCCAAGAGUGAGCCCUUUCCUGCACCUCCUGAGGAUGAACCCACACUUGCAAAAGAAACAUCCACGCCGAGUAAGGCUGCGGAUAGCCAAACCCCAUUGCCAAGCCAAGAAAACCCCGACCCCAUUCAGAAGUCACUAGUAGCUGCCUCAACCCCCAUUACCAGAGUUGAGCCCUCAGUGAUCCCUGCUGCCAGGAAUGAGCCCAUUGGGCUGAAAGCCUCUGACUUCUUGCCGGCCAUGAAGAACCAAAGCCUGACAGAAAUUGUAGAUGAUGAAGCCAUGUCUCAGAUCCGAAAGGGCCACGAGACCAUGUGCGUGGUGCUUACCAGCCGGCACAAAAACCUGGAUAUGGUGCGGGCCAUGUGGAACGCCAGCGACAUCAAGACUUCUGUGGACUCAGCUGUGGCUAUCAAUGACCUUUCUGUUGUUGUAGAUCUCCUGAACAUUGUCAACCAGAAAGCGUCUCUUUGGAAGCUCGACCUGUGCACUGUCGUCUUGCCUCAGAUAGAGAAACUUCUCCAAAGCAAAUAUGAAAGCUACGUCCAAACAGGUUGCACUUCACUGAAGUUGAUCCUGCAGCGCUUCUUGCCCCUGAUCAUGGAUAUCCUUGCUGCGCCACCAUCGGUGGGGGUAGACAUUUCCCGAGAGGAGAGGCUCCACAAGUGCCGCCUGUGCUACAAGCAGCUGAAGAACAUCAACAACAUCAUCAAGAACAAAUGUGGACUCAGUGGCCGCCACGGCAGUGCCUUCCGUGAGCUGCAUCUCCUUAUGGCUGUCCUCGAGUGACCUCUGCUGCCUCCUCCGCCCAUGCAGACACACCACCGAGGAUUAGUCUUCCGACCACAGCGUCUCAUUCCAGUCAGCUUUGGGUCAUUCGUUUGGUGUCCAAUAUGUACACUCCUUCAUGGGGGGGUGCGCUAGCUCGCUGCUCCAUCUUCAGUGCCUUAACAGGCUGGAUUGCAAACCAAGCUCCAUCUCCCAACAGCGCAGCCCACCCUCCCUUGCAUGCAGCAGCUGGGCAGAGUCCCUUGUUCCUGGUGACCAGAGUGCCUGGGACCACCGGCCCCUGCCCCACUUGCAAGCCCUCUUUCCUUUCCAGUCUUAACUGUAGUCUCAUUGGCUUUGUCAUUCCAGUGAGGGAAGGGGUGGGCCGGAUCUGUUUGUGCCAGUCACAUAGCCACAUUUGCCUCUUUGGAAAGCUCUUGGGCUGGAGGAGCUGGGGAGGACCGGACCUGGGGCCAUUGUGUCUGCUCCUUGCUUUUUCCUCCACAGUGCUGGAGAAUGGGAGGGUGUUUCCUGUUCAUAAAGCUGUAACUUAUAAUUAAUUUUAUUAAAACAUUUGUAACUUUUA